CUGGGACAGAGAAGGGGGGGACCCACAGGGCUCUGCACUCAUGGUGAGUGGCCAGGGCUAAAGGAGCAUGGGAGGCUGUGGGCAGGUGAAUGCUGCUGGCCAUCCUGCUCCUGCUGCUCCUGCUGCUGCUGGUCUGUGCCAAAAUGUCCAACCCUCAGCCUAAAAAGGAGGCGAAGCUGGAGCAGCCCCCAGGGGAGCAGCCAGCAGCUGACGUUGUAACCAAGACCCCGGCCUGUCCAAAGCCCCUAGCCCCCACCAGCCCACCCCGGGCUGGCAGGUCCGUGGAGCAGGAGCUGAUCGCUGUCUACAACCCUGCCGCCCUCCGGCGGCCGUCGCUGGCCAAGUUCGUGCUGGGCUCCUUUGAGGACAACAACUCCGACGAUGAGCUGGUGGCCACAGCCUUCAGGGUGGGCAGCAGGCGCAGCAGCCUGGCCGGGGCAGGGGGCACCAGCACCGAGCCCCCUACCACGACUGCCCAGUCGGAGCCCCCCACUGGCAUGAGGCCCAGCAUGUCCGGGCUGCACCUGCUGAAGCGUGGCCGUGAGCACCGGAAGAUGGACCUGCAGCGGGACUUCACCGUCGCCUCGCCCGCAGAGUUCGUCACCCGCUUCGGGGGCAACCGCCUCAUCGAGAAGGUGCUCAUUGCCAACAACGGCAUCGCGGCGGUCAAGUGCAUGCGCUCCAUCCGCCGCUGGGCCUACGAGAUGUUCCGCAACGAGCGCGCCGUCCGCUUCGUCGUCAUGGUCACCCCCGAGGACCUCAAGGCUAACGCAGAGUACAUCAAGAUGGCAGAUCACUACGUGCCCGUCCCCGGUGGGGCCAACAACAACAACUACGCCAACGUGGAGCUGAUCGUGGACAUAUCCAAACGCAUCCCAGUCCAGGCGGUGUGGGCUGGCUGGGGACAUGCCUCAGAGAACCCCAAGCUGCCAGAGCUGCUGCAGAAGAAUGGGAUAGCAUUCCUGGGUCCCCCCAGUGAUGCCAUGUGGGCUCUGGGGGACAAAGUGGCCUCCACCAUCGUGGCUCAGACAGUUGAGAUCCCCACGCUGCCAUGGAGCGGGAGCGGUCUGGUUGCCCAGUGGUGUGAAGAGGACCAGAAGCAUCAGCAGAUGAUCAGCAUCCCCCUCGAGACAUACGCAAAAGGCUGCGUGAAGGAUGUGGAGGAAGGCUUGGAGGUGGCCCAGAAGAUUGGCUACCCACUGAUGAUCAAGGCAGCAGAAGGUGGUGGGGGCAAAGGCAUCCGAAAAGUGGAGGCAGCAGAAGAAUUUGGCACCUGCUUCCGACAGGUGCAGGCGGAGGCGCCGGGGUCCCCUCUCUUCCUGAUGAAGCUGGCGGAGCACGCCCGGCACCUGGAGGUGCAGGUGCUGGCCGACGAGUACGGCAGCGCCAUCUCCCUCUUCGGCCGCGACUGCUCCGUCCAGCGCCGCCACCAGAAGAUCAUCGAGGAGGCGCCCACCGCCAUCGCGCCCCCCGCCGUCAUCGAGCGGAUGGAGCAGUGUGCAGUCCACCUGGCCCAGAUGGUUGGCUACGUGAGCACAGGCACCGUUGAGUACCUCUACAGCAAGGAUGGGAACUUCCACUUCCUGGAGCUGAACCCACGCCUGCAGGUGGAACACCCUUGCACAGAGAUGAUUGCAGAUGUGAACCUCCCUGCUGCCCAGCUCCAGAUUGCCAUGGGCAUCCCCUUGCACAGGAUCAAGGACAUCCGGGUGCUGUACGGGGAGAGCCCCUGGGGGGACACCCCCAUCUGCUUCCACAGCCCUGCCAACCCCCCCGUGCCCAGGGGCCACGUCAUCGCUGCCCGCAUCACCAGCGAGAACCCCGAGGAGGGUUUCAAGCCCAGCUCGGGGACGGUGCAGGAGCUGAACUUCCGCAGCAGCAAGAACGUCUGGGGGUACUUCAGCGUGGCAGCUGCCGGGGGGCUGCACGAGUUCGCCGACUCCCAGUUCGGGCACUGCUUCUCCUGGGGAGAGAACCGGGAGGAGGCCAUCUCGAACAUGGUGGUGGCCCUGAAGGAGCUGUCUAUCCGUGGGGACUUCCGCACCACCGUGGAGUAUCUGAUCAAGCUGCUGGAGACAGAGAGCUUCCAGAACAACGAGACAGACACGGGGUGGUUGGACCACCUGAUCGCCGAGAAAGUGCAGGCAGAGAAGCCAGACACGAUGCUGGGUGUCGUCUGUGGUGCCCUCAGCGUCGCAGAUGCUGCCUUCAGGACCUGCAUGACCGAGUUCCUGCACUCGCUGGAGAGGGGGCAGGUGCAGCCAGCAGACUCCUUGCUGAACAUUGUUGACGUGGAGCUCAUCUAUGAGGGUGUGAAGUACAUUCUCCAGGUUGCCCGCCAGUCCCCGACGACGUACGUGGUGAUCAUGAACCGCACGCACAUCGAGAUAGACGUGCACCGGCUCAACGAUGGGGGGCUGCUGCUCUCCUACGGGGGCAACAGCCACACCACCUACAUGAAGGAGGAGAUUGACAGGUACCGGCUCACGAUUGGCAACAAGACGUGUGACUUUGAGAAGGAGAAGGACCCCACGGUGCUGCGCUCGCCCUCGGCGGGGAAGCUGCUGCAGUACACGGUGGAGGACGGCGGCCACCUGGCCGAGGGCAAGGUCUUUGCGGAGAUCGAGGUGAUGAAGAUCGUCAUGACGCUGCCGGUGGCGGAGGCGGGCAGGGUGCACUACAUCAAGCGGCCGGGGGCGCUGCUGGAGCCUGGCUGUGUCAUCGCCCGCCUGGAGCUGGAUGACCCCACCAAAGUCAAGCCUGCACAGCCAUUCCUGGGAGGGCUCCCAGCUGGGCAGACCCUCCCCAUCACCGGGGAGAAGCAGCACCAAGUCCUCCGCAACGUGCUGGACAACCUCACCAACGUCAUGAGCGGCUACUGCCUGCCCGAGCCCUACUUCAGCACCAAGGUGAAGGAGUGGGUGGCACAGCUGAUGGAGACCCUGCGGGACCCCUCCUUGCCCCUCCUGGAGCUGCAGGAGAUCAUGACGAGCAUCUCGGGGAGGAUCCCUCUCCCCGUGGAGAAGUCAAUCAGGAAGGUGAUGGCCCAGUAUGCCAGCAACAUCACCUCGGUCCUCUGCUGCUUCCCCAGCCAGCAGAUCGCCAACGUGCUGGACACCCACGCGGCCACGCUGCAGAGGAAGGCUGAGCGGGAGGUCUUCUUCAUGAACACCCAGAGCCUGGUGCAGCUGGUGCAGAGGUACCGCAGUGGCAUCCGGGGCUACAUGAAGGCCGUGGUGCUGGACCUGCUGAGACGCUACCUGCAAGUGGAGACACAGUUCCAGCAUGCUCACUAUGACAAGUGUGUCAUCAGCCUGCGGGAGAAGUGCAGACCCGACAUGACCCCCGUGCUGGAGAGCAUCUUCUCACAUGCCCAGGUGGCAAAGAAGAACCUUCUGGUGAUCAUGUUAAUUGAGCAGCUCUGCGGCUGUGAGCCCACGCUGACCGAGGAGCUGACGGCCAUCCUGCAGGAGCUGACGCAGCUCAGCAAGACCGAGCACUCCAAGGUGGCGCUGCGAGCCCGGCAGGUGCUCAUUGCUUCCCACCUGCCCUCCUACGAGCUGCGCUACAACCAGGUGGAGUCCAUCUUCCUCUCCGCCAUCGACAUGUACGGACACGAGUACUGCCCCGACAACCUCAAGAAACUGAUCCUCUCGGAGACCACCAUCUUUGACGUGCUUCCUGUCUUCUUCUACCACACCAACCAGGUGGUGCGCAUGGCAGCGCUGGAGGUGUACGUGCGGCGCGGGUACCUCGCCUACGAGCUGAACAGCCUGAAGCACCGGCAGCUCUCCGAUGGCACCUGCCUGGUGGAGUUCCAGUUCAUACUGCCCUCCUCCCACCCAAACAGGAUGUCUGCACCCAUCAGCGUCUCCAACCCCGACCUGGCCCGGCACAGCACCGAGCUCUUCAUGGACAGUGGCUUCUCUCCCCUGAGCCAGCGGAUGGGAGCCAUGGUGGCCUUCAACAGAUUCGAGGACUUCACCAGGAACUUUGAUGAGGUGAUCUCCUGUUUCGCCGACCCACCUUCAGAGGGCACGCUCUUCAGCGAGGCACGAGCCACUGUCUACGAGGAGGAGGACACCAAGAACGUCCGUGAGGAGCCAAUCCACAUCCUCAACAUUGCGCUGCGCUGGGCUGACCACGCAGAGGAUGAGAAGCUGGUGCCCAUCUUCAGAGCCUUUGCCCAGUCCAAGAAGAACAUCCUUGUUGACUGCGGUCUCCGGAGGAUCACCUUUCUCAUUGCUCAGCAGAGAGAGUUCCCAAAGUUUUUCACCUUCAGAGCCAGGGAUGAGUUUGCAGAGGACCGCAUCUACCGGCACCUGGAGCCGGCCCUGGCCUUCCAGCUGGAGCUGAGCCGCAUGUGCAACUUCGACCUGACGGCCAUCCCCUGUGCCAACCACAAGAUGCACCUCUACCUGGGGGCUGCCAAGGUGCAGGCGGGCACCGAGGCCACCGACUACCGCUUCUUCAUCCGCGCCAUCGUGCGCCACUCGGACCUCGUCACCAAGGAGGCUUCCUUCGAGUACCUGCAGAACGAGGGGGAGCGGCUGCUCCUGGAGGCGAUGGAUGAGCUGGAGGUGGCCUUCAACAACACCACUGUCCGCACGGACUGCAACCACAUCUUCCUCAACUUCGUCCCCACGGUCGUCAUGGAUCCCUCCAAGAUCGAGGAGUCGGUGCGCUCCAUGGUGAUGCGGUACGGCAGCCGCCUCUGGAAGCUGCGGGUCCUGCAGGCAGAGGUGAAGAUCAACAUCCGCCUGACCCCCACCUCCACCGCCGUCCCCAUCCGCCUCUUCCUCACCAACGAGUCCGGCUACUACCUGGACAUCAGCCUCUACAAGGAAGUGAGGGACCCCAGCAGCAGCAACAUCAUGUUUCAGUCCUAUGGUGACAAACAAGGGCCACAGCACGGGAUGCUCAUCAACACCCCCUACGUCACCAAGGACCUGCUCCAGGCCAAGCGCUUCCAGGCACAGUCCUUGGGCACCACCUACGUGUACGACUUCCCGGAGAUGUUCAGGCAGGCUCUCUUCAAGCUGUGGGGCUCCUCAGAGCUGUACCCCAAGGACAUCCUGACGUACACUGAGCUGGUGCUGGACUCUCAGGACAACCUGGUGCAGAUGAACAGAGUCCCUGGAGGGAAUGAGGUGGGGAUGGUUGCUUUCAAAAUGAAGCUGAAGACCCCCGAGUAUCCCAAGGGCCGGGCCAUUGUGCUCAUCUGCAAUGACAUCACUCACAAGAUAGGCUCCUUUGGGCCAGAGGAGGACCUGGUCUUCCUGCGGGCCUCAGAGCUGGCCCGGGCUGAGGGCAUCCCCCGCGUCUACAUCUCUGCCAACAGCGGUGCCCGCAUCGGCUUCGCCGAGGAGAUCAAGAACAUGUUCCACGUGGCCUGGGUGGACCCUGAGGACCCCUACAAGGGGUUCAAGUACCUGUACCUGACUCCCCAGGACUACACAAGGAUCAGUGCCUUGAAUUCGGUGCACUGUGAGCAUGUGGAGGAAGGGGGCGAGUCCAGGUACAUCCUCCUGGACAUCAUUGGGAAGGACAAUGGAUUUGGGGUGGAAAACCUGAGAGCUGCUGGGAGCAUUGCUGGGGAGUCUUCUCGGGCUUACGAAGAGAUAGUGACCAUCAGCAUGGUGACCUGCCGUGCCAUCGGGAUCGGGGCGUACCUGGUGAGGCUGGGCCAGCGAGUCAUCCAGGUGGAGAACUCCCACAUCAUCCUCACUGGUGUCACAGCUCUCAAUAAGGUGCUGGGGCGGGAGGUGUACACCUCCAACAGCCAGCUGGGAGGGGUGCAGAUCAUGCACAACAACGGCGUGUCCCACGUCACCGUCCCCGACGACUUCGAGGGCGUCUACACCAUCCUGCAGUGGCUCUCGUACAUCCCCAAGGAUAACUGCAGCCCGGUGCCCAUCAUCCCUAUCCGUGACCCCGUCGACAGAGACAUCGGCUUUGUCCCGUCCAAAGUCCCCUAUGACCCCAGGUGGAUGCUGGCAGGGAGACCACAUCCAACUCUCAAGGGGACCUGGCAGAGUGGCUUCUUUGACCAGGGCAGCUUCCUGGAGAUCAUGAAGCCCUGGGCUCCAACAGUUGUGGUGGGCAGAGCAAGGCUGGGAGGUCUCCCAGUGGGUGUGAUCGCUGUUGAGACCCGGCCCGUGGAGGUGACGAUACCUGCGGACCCUGCCAACCCCGAGUCGGAGGCGAAGGUUCUCCAGCAAGCUGGGCAGGUCUGGUUUCCAGAUUCUGCUUUUAAAACCUCCCAGGUGAUUCGGGACUUCAACCGCGAGCAUCUCCCACUGAUGAUCUUCGCCAACUGGAGAGGCUUCUCCAGUGGCAUGAAAGACAUGUAUGACCAGAUGCUGAAGUUUGGGGCCUUCAUCGUCGACAGCCUGCGGGACUUCAAGCAGCCUGUCCUGGUCUACAUCCCACCGCACGCCGAGCUGCGCGGAGGCUCCUGGGUGGUCAUCGACUCCACCAUCAACCCCCUGCACGUGGAGCUCUAUGCAGACAAGGAGAGCAGGGGAGGCAUUUUGGAACCUGGAGGAACAGUGGAGAUCAAGUUCAGGAAGAAAGAUCUGGUGAAGACCAUGAGAAGGAUCGACAAGACCUGUGCCAAGCUCGCUGAGCAGCUGGGGAGCCCUGAGCUGCCUGUGGAGCAGCGUAAGGAGCUGGAGAAGCAGCUGAAGGCCCGGGAGGACCUCCUCCUGCCCAUGUACUACCAGGUGGCCCUGCGCUUCGCCGACCUGCACGACACCCCGGGCCGCAUGCAGGAGAAAGGAGUCAUCGCGGACAUCCUGGAGUGGCAGAACGCUCGCUCCUUCCUCUACUGGCGGCUGCGGCGGCUGCUGCUGGAGGAGAUGGUGAAGGCAGAGGUCCUGAAGGCCAACAGCGAGCUGAGCCACAUCCACAUCCAGUCCAUGCUGCGGCGCUGGUUCAUGGAGACCGAAGGAGCCGAGAAGGGCUACCUCUGGGAUAACAACCAGGUGGUGGUGGAGUGGCUGGAGAAGCACAUGCAAGAGGAGGAUGGCACCCAGUCGGCUAUCCGGGAGAACAUCAAGUACCUGAAGCGUGACUACCUGCUCAAGCACAUCCGCAGCUUGCUCCAAGCCAACCCCGAGGUGGCUGUGGACUGCAUCGUCCAGAUGGCUCAGCACAUCAGCGGCGCACAGAAGGCCCGGGUGGCACAUCUCCUGACAACAGUGGAUGAGGAUGAUGACGACCCUUCUUGAGCUGGUGGUGUGCAGAGUGAUCACCAUGGGGUAGGAGGGACACCAGGACAUGCUGCAGCUCAGGGGCCAGGCCUCACCUCCUCACCUGGUUCCUCAGCCUUGGACCCUUACUCGUGUGCCUAAACCAAGGAUGCCAGGGUCGGUAAUUGAAGCCGUGAAGAUGGCCUUGCCAUCCUUCCAGAGUUCCCUCUGGUGCUGAAGGUAUUCACCAGAAAAUAAACCUGUCCCAAGCCAAGUCUGGAGCCUGGACCUGGUGCAGAAGUUGGUUUAAAAGAAGCAUCUUUGACUCUGAGUUGCAAUCUGUGGCCUUAGUCUUUACAACAGGCACCA